AUGUCACUGUCCACCCACAAAAAAAAGACGAGGAAGCUUCGUGGACACGUGAGCCACGGUCAUGGCCGUGUUGGCAAGCAUCGUAAGCAUCCUGGUGGUCGCGGUAAUGCCGGUGGUCAGCACCACCACAGAAUAAACUUUGACAAAUACCAUCCUGGUUAUUUUGGAAAGGUUGGUAUGCGAGGGUUCCAUGAUCGCCCGAGCCACAGAUGGGCCCCUAUUAUCAAUCUAGACAAAUUGUGGUCCUUGGUGUCAGAGCAGACAAGAACCAAUUAUGCCAAGAUCCCCAAGAAGGCACCAGUCAUCAAUGUUGUCAAAUCUGGUUAUUACAAAGUCCUGGGCAAGGGUAAUCUGCCUAAGCAGCCACUUAUUGUGAAAGCAAAGUUCUUCUCCCGCAAAGCUGAACAGAAAAUCAAAUCUGUUGGUGGCUGCUGUGUACUAGUGGCAUAG